CAGGUCUUUCGUUAGGAUUCAGAGUUUUGACCUUUUGCCUGUCUGUUUUGCUCCAGAAUCUCCCUGGGGUGCCCGCCCUAGGCAGCGAUGCCAGGAUGCCUGUCUCUGCCUCCCUCUGCCAAGAUGGCAGCCAAGAGCGACCCAUGAGCCUGACCUCUACCACCUCCUCGUCAGGCUCCUCCCGGGACAGCUGUGGUACCAUGGAGGAGCCUAAUGGCUCUGAGGCUUCAGCGAAGAAUGGGACAGGAUCCCCACGCAGCUGGCAACCCCCCAACAGCAACAACAACUCCAGCAGCUGGCUGAACAUGAAGGGGCCUCUCUCCCCAUUCAACAGCCGGACCAUGGCAGGGCACAAGCUCAGCUACCUGGGCCGAGUGGUGCGGGAGAUUGUAGAAACGGAGCGGAUGUACGUGCAGGACCUUCGCAGCAUUGUCGAGGACUACCUCCUGAAGAUCAUUGACACGCCCGGGCUGCUGAAGCCAGAACAAGUCAGUGCGCUCUUUGGGAACAUAGAAAACAUCUAUGCACUGAACAGCCAGCUACUCAGAGACCUGGACAGUUGCAAUAAUGACCCCGUGGCUGUGGCCAGCUGCUUUGUGGAAAGGAGCCAAGAGUUUGAUAUCUACACCCAGUAUUGCAACAACUACCCCAACUCUGUGGCCGCCCUAACAGAAUGCAUGCGGGACAAGCAGCAGGCCAAGUUCUUCCGGGACCGGCAGGAGCUGCUGCAGCACUCACUGCCUUUGGGCUCCUACCUGCUGAAGCCAGUCCAGCGCAUCCUCAAGUACCACCUGCUGCUCCAGGAAAUUGCCAAGCAUUUUGACAAGGAAGAGGAUGGCUUUGAGGUGGUAGAGGAUGCCAUUGACACCAUGACCUGUGUGGCGUGGUACAUCAAUGACAUGAAGAGAAGGCAUGAGCAUGCAGUCAGGCUCCAGGAGAUUCAAUCACUGCUCAUCAACUGGAAGGGGCCAGACCUGACCAUCUAUGGGGAGCUUGUCCUGGAGGGCACGUUCCGUGUGCACCGCGUACGCAACGAGAGGACCUUCUUCCUCUUUGACAAAGCACUGCUCAUCACCAAGAAGCGGGGCGACCACUUUGUCUACAAGGGGCACAUCCCGUGCUCUUCCCUGAUGCUAAUCGAAAGUACCAGAGACUCCCUGUGCUUCACCGUCACCCACUACAAGCACAGCAAGCAGCAGUACAGCAUCCAGGCCAAAACAGUGGAGGAGAAACGGAAGUGGACCCACCAUAUCAAGAGGCUCAUCCUGGAGAACCACCAUGCCACCAUCCCCCAGAAGGCCAAGGAAGCCAUCUUGGAAAUGGAUUCCUAUUAUCCCAACCGGUACCGCUACAGCCCAGAGCGGUUGAAGAAGGCUUGGUCCUCUCAGGACGAAGUGUCCACCCACAUGUGCCAAGGGCGCCGGCAAUCUGAGCCGGCCAGACACCUGCUCAGGCAACUCAGUGAGAAAGUGGUGUCAGCAGCCAGAGCAGGAGGAAUGAAGGGGAAGGGGCGCAGGGAGUCUGAAGGCCCCAAGGACUGCAGAAGGCCCAGCAACCAGUCUCCAACCACUGCUGAGAAAUGCAUGAGCUUCGAGACAGUCUCUUCUCUGCCAGAGGUUGAGCUAGACCCUGAGCCUGAGGCAGAGCAGGAGGUAUUUGCUGCUGUGGAAAGUCCCAGCACUGAGGAGAUGCCCUCUGACACAGAGUCUCCAGAAGUUCUGGAAACACAGCUUGAUGCCCACCAGGAGCUGCUGGAUGUGGACCACGUGGGUGACAUGGUGGGCUUUGUGGUGGCCGAGAGCUCUGAGGACCUAAAGGCCCUGAGCAGUGAGGAGGAGGAGGACAUGGGGGUCACCCAGGAGCCUGAGAGCCUCCUGCCACCCUCUGUGCUGGACCAGGCCAGUGUCAUUGCUGAGCGCUUCGUCAGCAGCUUCUCUCGGCGAAGCAGCCUGGCUCUGGAGGAUGGCAAGUCCAGUGGCUUCGAGACCCCACAGCCGGUCAGCCGCAGCAGCAGCAUGCUCAGCCUUGAGGGGAGCGAGAAGGGCCCGGCCCAGUAUAGCGGCAUCACAGACUCGCUCAGCUCCCAGCUUCCCUCAGAAGUGGUCACCAGUGUGGGGGUGGCUGCAGAGAGCAGCCCGUCCAUCAACGGGACAGAGCCUCCAAGCCCAGGCUGCCUAGCUGAGCCUGACCAGUCCUCCUGCAAGAAGAAGGAAUUGCUGCUCUCCACCCAAGACCGGCUAUUGCUGGAUAAAAUCAAGAGCUACUAUGAAAACGCAGAGCACCAUGAUGCAGGUUUUAGCAUCCGGCGCCGGGAGAGCCUCUCCUACAUCCCCAAAGGGCUGGUGAGAAACUCAGUCUCCAGGUUCAAUAGCCUUCCCAGGCCAGACCCAGAACCCGUGGCUCCGCUGGGACACAAGAGACAGGCAGGGUCCCGACCGGCUUCAUGGGCCCUGUUUGACCUCCCAGGACCAGGCCAGGCAUGCACUGGGGACCCAGCCCCCAUCACAGAUGCUGAGUUCCGUCCGUCUUCGGAAAUUGCAAAGAUAUGGGAGGGCAUGGAGUCUUCCGCAGGGAGCCCUCGGAAUGGGUCAGGCCAGGGCCAGGCAAACGGCUUUGACCUACAUGAGCCGCUCUUUAUCCUGGAGGAGCACGAGCUGGGUGCCAUCACGGAGGAAUCCACCACUGCUUCCCCAGAGAGCGCCUCCCCGACUGAGCGUCCCAGCCCGGCCCACCUGGCCCGGGAACUGAAGGAGCUGGUGAAGGAGCUGAGCAGCAGCGGCCAGGGAGAGCUGGUGGCCCCCCUGCACCCCCGCAUUGUGCAGCUCUCCCACGUGAUGGACAGCCAUGUGAGUGAGCGUGUCAAGAACAAGGUCUACCAGCUGGCCCGCCAGUACAGCCUUCGGAUCAAGAGCAAUAAGUCAGCAAUGGCCAGGCUGCCACUGCAGUGGGAGAAGACAGUUCCUGAGAAGAACGGGAAGAGCUCCACCAUUCCCUGCCUACAGGAGGAGGUUGGAGAGCCGUUGCGUGACAAAGGUAAGAGAAAGCCCGUGCUGUCCUUCCUCAGCUACGAGCCGGUGAUGACCCAGGAGCACAGCCCCCCCAAGCCCUGCUCUGCCAGGGAGACUUCACCACGGCGUUUCUCCUUCAGCCCCUCUGCUGCCAGCCCCAGGACCACCUUGCCUGGGAUCCGGACCUCCGCCCGAAGCCCCCUCAGCCCCUUCGACACAGAGACCUUCAGCUGGCCUGACGUCCGAGAGCUGUGCUCCAAGUAUGCCUCCCACAAUGAGGUACUCCCGGCCGAGGGCAGCCGGCCCCGCACAGUGCCUGUUAACCGAAGCCACUCAGUGCCCGAGAACAUGGUGGAACCCCCCCUGCCAGGCAGGGUGAGCCGCUGCUUCAGCCUGAACACCAAGAGAGGCCAUGGAGGUGGGGAGGCCGCCCAGCCCCAGCCUUCUGGGUUGCCGCUCCAAGGUGGGCUGGAUGAAGGCGAGGCCUUGUAUGUCACCGCGGACCUCACCCUGGAGAACAGCCAGCGGGUGAUUGUCAUGGAGAAGGGGCCCCAGCCUGAGGGGCUAGAGGAGGGCAGUGGGCAGGGACUGAGCUUGCUGGCUGCUGGGGUAGGACAGGGCCAGGAUUUGCAGGAGUCUGCAGAGUAUCGACUGAAGGAAGAGGGGCCCAGGGACCCUGUGGACCCAAGCCAGCAGGGCAGAGUAAGAAACCUGAGGGAGAAAUUCCAGGCCUUGAACUCCAUAGGUUGACAGUGACUCUUUGGGGAAGGGAAAUGGGGAAGAACCCCACACGCUUUCUUACAAGCCUGGGUCUCCCUGGCUCACAUGAGUCCCCACCCAGGGCCCUCGGAAAGACUGUUCCCUCUACUCUCUCCUGAAGAACACAUCCGUGUCGGGGUGUCCUCUGCAGGUGCCUGUUCUCACCUGCUGCCUGUGCUACGCCCCGGUGCUUCCCUGGGGCUCGGGACAACUUCCCACAGGCCCCAUGAGCCGCUUUUCCCCUCUGAGGCCAGUGUGGCUGUUUCCCUUGUAUAUAGUUCUUCUCUGGUAAGAAGCCAAAUAUUUAAGCUCACCUCUUCCCAGGGAGAGAAAAGCACGGCUCAGGCCUCCAGUGUUGGCUGGCCACCACCAUAUGGAGUGGCCCACCCAAGGGAGGUGUGGCAAGUGGCCUGGGGAGGCUUUCCUCUUUAACUGUGCCUUUUCUUAGGAUCCAGGCGGGAACGAGGCCAAUAAUUUAUUGCUUUCUAUUUUGUGGUAUGUUUGUGCACCCAUGAACAUGUGUGUGUGAGCAUGUGCUUCUGUUGUUUAUUCCUCUCCUGUUAAGAGUGUAAUUGACUCAGUUCAGGUACUUCUGAGGGUUGUCUGGCUGACCCUGUGGUUGUCUCUAAUGUACACCCAUUUCAUUAUUUGCCGAUGGUGCAAUAACCACUGCUGACCAACCGACCUGUGUGCGGCCUCCUUACUGGGGCCUGGCAGGGGGGUGAGAUCCAUGGGCCAGGGCUGGGACAUGUGAGCUGUUCACCCACGUGCACUCAUUUGUCAUCCCUGCUCGUGAAGCAUGCACAAGGUACUAGGGUGCUCGUGUGGGAGGGAACUUGUUCUCUGCUGCUCCCACUCCCAUGGAAUGCUGUCUCUCCACAGCCCUGAGGUCCUCUUUGGGGUGGAGGGCCUUUAGCUCUUUUCCAAAGGGCCAAAGUUGGACUUAAAAGAAAGAAGAACAUUUUUCUAAUAGGCAAAAGUUUCCAGUGUCUGGUACCUUCUAGUCUCCCUCUUCAAUUCCCAGGAGACAUCCUAGAAGACAAGGAUUCUGAACUUGCAACCUAAAAAUGUCUUAAGGUGGCAUGCAACAUUGGGUGAAGGGUACACAUGUAUUUUCUGGAUGGAUCCUCAGUGUUCCUCCAAAUCUCUAAGGAGUCUUUGAUUCAAAAGGGUGAGGAAUCCCUCACUAUUUCUAACUGGGUUUCUUGCCUUUUUUCCAGGGUGCACCAGCCUUGUUUUGUCCCUUUUCUUCUUGGAGUAGGGUGGGGGCUGCAGGGCUCGGGAAGUAGAGCUCCCCCAUGGGUGUUCCCACAGACCCAUUGAGUCUCAAUCUGAAGAUGGAUCCAGUGAGUCUCAUGAGGUCAAGGAAAGAUCUAAGGAGAGUAGAGGCCUCUCUCUAGCAGACGCCAAG